AUGUAUUCGGGUUAUGGACAACCUCAACAAGGUUACGGUCAACCUCAAGGCUAUGGCGGUCAACCCCAAGGUUACGGGCAACCGCAGCAAGGAUACGGUCAACCACAAGGUCAUGGCCAACCCCAGGGUUAUGGUCAACCUGGCCAGCCUCAAGGUUAUGGCCAACCCCAAGGUCACGGCCAACCCCAAGGUCACGGCCAACCUCAAGGUUACGGUCAACCACAACCCCAAGUCAGUCCUGAAGUUCAAAAUUGGUUUCAAACUGUAGACAAAGAUCGUUCAGGACAAAUUAGUGCGAAUGAACUCCAAUCAGCCUUGAUCAAUGGUCAAGGUGAAAACUUUUCGACCACUGCUUGCAAGUUGAUGAUUUCAAUGUUUGAUACUGAUCAUACAGGCACUAUAGGUAUCCAUGAAUUCCAAUUGUUAUACAACUAUAUCAACCAGUGGCUGGCCGUGUUUAAAAACUAUGAUAGAGACCAGUCUGGGAGCAUAGAGGAGAGCGAACUUUCGCAAGCGUUCCAACAGAUGGGUUUCAGAUUUUCCAAUGAGUUUGUUCGAUUUUUGGUAAAUAAAUGUGAUGUUAAAACACACACUAAGAUGUCUGUCGAUCAGUUUAUUGUCGCUUGCAUCCAGAUCCAGAGGUUUACGGAAGCCUUUAAAGCAAAAGACAGAGAAAUGAAAGGAGUCAUCACUUUAGGUUUCGAAGAAUUCUUGUCAAUCGCUUUAGAUUGUACAAAUUAG